GCCUUGUCAUUCUUCAGAUUAUUUACCUCGCCCGGACAACAGUCGCUUGCUGCUGUCGUUGUGUACGGUGCUAAAGUUCAAGUAAAGAGUACGUCGUGCCGGAUUCGAAGGGAAGGAAUAAAAGAUGCAAAACACCGGAAAACUAGCCGGAAUUACUCUGUUUAUUACCGGUGCAUCCCGAGGCAUCGGUAAGGCGAUUGCACUGAAAGCAGCUCGCGAUGGUGCCAACAUUGUGCUGGCGGCCAAAACGGCAGAACCACAUCCGAAGCUACCCGGAACGAUCUACACGGCUGCAGCGGAAGUUGAAGCGGCCGGUGGCAAAGCUUUGCCAUGCAUUGUCGACGUGCGCAGUGAACAAGACGUGCGUUCGGCGGUACAGAAAGCUGUCCAAACGUUCGGCGGCAUCGACAUUGUGGUUAACAAUGCAAGCGCCAUUUCCCUGACACCGACCGAACAGACCGACAUGAAGCGAUACGAUCUGAUGCACAAUAUCAACACCAGAGGCACGUUCCUUGUAACGAAAGAAUGUCUCCCGUAUCUUCGCAAAAGCAAGCACGCUCACAUCCUUAACAUUUCGCCACCGUUAAACAUGGAACCGCAUUGGUUUAGUAAUCACGUCGCGUACACGAUGGCCAAGUACGGGAUGUCCAUGUGCGUGCUCGGUAUGGCACGGGAGUACGAGAGUGCAAACAUUUCCGUGAACGCCUUAUGGCCUCGAACGAUCGUUUACACGGCCGCCGUGGAGAUGCUUCACGGACAGGAAGGACAACCAUACUCCCGUAAGCCUGAAAUCAUGGCGGACGCAGCGUAUGCCAUUCUCUGCCGAUCGCCCGGUACUAGCACCGGCAACUUUUUCAUCGAUGACGAAGUUCUGGCAGCAGAAGGAAUUAAGGAUUUUGCACAGUAUGCUUGCGUUCCUGGGAACGCACUCAUCCUUACCCCGGAUAUCUUUGUGAACGAAAAGAAAUCGAAGCUCUGAUUUGAUGGAUAUGCUGCUUUUUUCGGACAAGCAGGACACGAAGUACAAUACAGGUGAUGGAUAAUCAAUUAUUAAAAUUUCUGGUUUACACUGCGA